CCGGCUCGGUACAACUCACUAGUAUGGGUGCUUUGCUACCAUUCACUCUCGCACUCCUUUUUAUUAAUAUUGCCCCAGCACACGGGGGAACAGGCUGUUCGGAAUUGCUCGUGUCCGGGAAACACCCGAUACCGGAUAGUUCUAUAACGGCCUCCACGUCCUACCCCCAUACUAAUAGCGCCUGUUGCCUGAAUCACUUCCCGCACAGGUCCCGUAUCAAUCUGGUCACGGACAAGAAUGGGAACGGGGGUUGGAGCUCCUUGACUCAGGACGACAAACAGUGGCUGCAGUUUGAUCUGGGGUUCUCCAGAAAGAUAACAGGUGUGAUAACCAAAGGUAGACAGGGGUAUUCUAGCGCAGGUAAAGGACAAUACGUCACGGCAUACCGGCUGUACUACGGCAACGCAACAGAUGAUAUGGCUAUGUUUGUAGACAAUGAUUUCCAACCCGUGAUAUUUGAUGGUAACUGGGACACAGUGACACCACAAGUGCGUGACCUUGACCCUCCUAUCUACGCCAGAUAUGUCCGUAUUAACCCGGUCAAAUGGAACUCUCACCCGUCCAUGCGUGCUGACCUACUGGGAUGUCCACUUACGAAGGACACGAACUCCAUCAUUGGGUAG